GCAUGAGCUGUUCCACGCCAAUGGGCCCGUGGAAAGCGCGGAAGGCGCGCCAACUGCCGAGGCACCGCUUGGUGGCCUGCCUGGUGGUGCAAAGGACAGCUCGCUGAAAGCCACAGCCCCGCUGCUGCUGACCAAGCAGACGGCCAAGAGGCUCAUCCACCAGGCUGAGCGCGAGGAGGCAGAAGCGACGGCUGCCGCCUCCCCUCCCACUGUUGAGGCGGUUCGACUGGAGCCGCGCCGCAAGGCGCGUGUCAAGGAGGCGCUCAACCAGUCUAUGUCAGACUUAUCC